CUUCAUUUUGACAAGUAUUUUGCGCCGCGUACUCUCUCAAAUUUGGCCCUCGUCGGUUCCCGUUUAAGCCUGUACGUGGCAGUCAGAGAGCAGUGUACACAGCAGCCGAGGCUGGUGCGGCUCCUACAGACUGACAUCCUGCACUUCUUAUAGGAUACACUGAAGCGAGGACACUCCAAACAACAUCCCAAGACUUUUGUUGUGACAGCCUGCUAUAUAAAACAUUAAUUCAACAACCAUGUUUACCGUGUCGGAGCUGGUGGUCCUGCUGGCCGUGCUUUCCGCCACCGCGUCCGGCUACUUCGUUAGCAUAGACGCCCAUGCCGAUGAGUGCUUCUACGAGCGGGUCAACUCCGGCACAAAGAUGGGCCUCAUGUUCGAGGUGGCCGAAGGAGGCUUCCUGGACAUCGAUGUGGAGAUAACGGGGCCCGAUGGUAAGCAGAUUUACAAGGGCGACAGGGAGUCCAGCGGGAAAUACUCGGUGGCGGCACAUAUGGACGGAACCUACAAGUUCUGCUUCAGCAACAAGAUGUCGACCAUGACACCCAAGAUCGUCAUGUUCACGAUUGACAUCGGAGAGGCCCCCAAAGGCCAGGACAUGGAGACAGAAGCCCACCAAAACAAGCUGGAGGAGAUGAUCAACGAGCUGGCAGUCGCUAUGACGGCUGUGAAGCAUGAGCAGGAGUACAUGGAGGUUCGCGAGAGGAUACACAGAGCGAUCAACGACAACACAAACAGCAGAGUGGUGCUGUGGUCGUUCUUUGAAGCUCUGGUUCUGGUGGCAAUGACACUCGGACAGAUUUACUACCUGAAGAGAUUUUUUGAAGUACGGCGAGUGGUUUAGUGCGAUGAAAUUAUCCCUCUGUGUCCUCCACUGAUUUCUCCCAACACCAAGACAGUUAUUUACACUCUGGAAACGAGACCGGCAGAUUCGAGUAAAGCCUACAUAUGAUUGGAUGUCAGAUGUUUUGUUCUCCUGUUACCUGUUUGUUUCCUUCUUUAUAAAUGUGAUUAGUGUUUGUUUGGAACGAAUGGCCAAAAGAUUCUGGGAUAGUCGGUUUAUUAGUUUCUUUUUUUUAAUUUUUAGGUUUGACAGAUUUUCGUUGCCCACUAUUGUUUGAUAAUUAGUAAGUGCAAAUUCCUUGCCAGUCCAGUUUUGCCUUCGUGAAUGACCGCAGGGCUCAUCAUUUUAUGUAAAAGCAGUCGGAUGAAAGACUUAAAAAUGCACAUAAAUUGGUCGGCAUGUGUGGAGUUUCCACAUGAAAAUGCAAAGAUUUAGAUGGGACCCGUCUCAAAUGAUAAAACACAUACAAACAUGAGAACAGAAUGUUGGAUUAUGUUUAGAGAUGCAAGAGUUUUUGUUUCCAGCCUCUAAGCCAAGUCAGACAAUGUACUGGUGGAUACGUGAUAUCUGUACGUUGUGUUCAUGCUCUCAAUCAACAAAUUGCCCUCCUGGUGGAUAUAUCUGAAGGAUUUACACUGAAACCGAUCUUUUAAGGGAAACCGUACGGCUUCUAGCUCCGUCUGUUGAUUCACAGCGAUCCAUGCUGCGGGGGGGAAGGGGGGCGGGGCUUCAGUGCGAUUCCCUACGUAGUUCAGAAACAGACGAGUGGUUUCUCGGCCUAAGAGUCAACAAGUUGAUUUAACUUUUACACUUUAAUUUGACGACUUCCACUUAGUAAGACCUGGAAGAGCCGAGGCGGAGGUUGAUUUUAAACUGAACUAAGUGUAGAGGAAUGCUGAAAUACAUGUUGAUUGACGCUGGGUGGGGGCGGGGUGGGGGGGUCUGAUGCGUGAUGACUGCUGUGUGCUUUAGUUGCUUCUACUAGCGUUCCUGUGUUGGUUUAGGGGUUUUAAAUUAUGAUUGUAUACAGUUUUGAACAGUUUGUUUUUCCUGGAGCAUAUCCUGUGACAUGCAACUGUUUGGAUGAGGCCUUUCAAAUGUCUUCUACUUGUUUAUUUCCCCGUCGAGGUUAAAAAUGAAAAAUAACUCUCGUCCAAGGCAGUAGCUUCACAUCUAGCACACAGCUGCAACAUCACAAGUGUUGCAUGUCGCUGAAUAUGUUCCAGUUUUGUAUUAAAAACAAUCUUCGGUGGGUAAACUGCUCUGUACACAGUCUCCUUUUUUGUGAUUACACGCUACUAAAUCUGAUGAAAUGGAUCUGUACAAAUGUAGAACAGUUGUCUGUGGAAAAAGCCCCAGGUUUCAUAAUAAAGCCCAUAUUCUGUACAUUUA